AUGGCUGCAGAGACCGCUUCGGCCAGGCAAACCCAGAAGCCGUCGGGAAGGCUAUACGUGAAAGCCGUUUUCUCCGGCUACAAGAGAGGGCUCCGAAACCAACACGAGCAUACCGCACUUCUGCACUUGGAAGGAGUGCACUCGAAAGAAGAUGCCAGCUGGUACAUUGGCAAGCGCGCCGUCUAUUUCUACAAGGCCCACAACCAAAUCAAGGGAAGCCGAGUUCGCGCCAUCUGGGGAAAAGUGACUCGAUCGCACGGAAACGCCGGAAGCGUCCGCGCCAAGUUCCACCACAACCUUCCCCCAUCAGCAAUGGGCAAGCGGAUCCGUGUGCUGCUCUACCCGUCCAACAUC